AUGCAUCUGCUCGCUACGUUACUAUUCGUUUUGAACUUCGUCCACCAUGUGUGUGCGAAAAGAAAACUGGUGGCUUCAUCGCUAGUAAGCUGCUUGGACGGCUCAGGACUAGUAGCCAAUUCUUUUUCGGUGACAUUUGAUCCAGACAGCAGAGCUCUUCACUACUCUCUAGACAUGACCACCGAGAUUGAUAACUAUAUUACUGCUGAUGUAGAGGUGUGGGCAUACGGUUUCAAAAUCAUCACAAGAUCGCUGGAUUUAUGUUCGCUAAAUUGGAAGCAAUUUUGCCCCUUACAUCCAGGUAAUGUUCAAGUUGAGUCGAUCGAAUAUAUCUCGAAGGAUCUUGUGAAACAGAUUCCUGGUAUUGCAUAUCAGGUUCCGGAUAUUGACGCCUUUGUACGUGUAAAAAUUCAUCCACGUGGAAACAAAGCGGAAACUUUGGCAUGCAUUCAAGCUUUUUUCUCCAACGGUAAGACCGUAUCCCAGACAGGUGUCAAGUGGGCUACCGCUGUUAUUGCAGGAAUAGGUUUGCUGUGCUCUGCUAUCUUGUCGACUUUCGGGAACUCAAACGCUGCCUCCCAUAUCUCGGCUAACACGAUGUCACUUUUCCUGUACUUCCAAUCAGUUGUCGUGGUAUCCAUGCAGCAUGUCCACAGAGUACCACCAAUUGCCGCUGCAUGGUCAGAAAACUUGAUUUGGUCGAUGGGGCUUAUUCACAUCAAUUUCAUGCAAAAAAUUUUCAGAUGGUUUGUACAGUCGACUGGUGGUACUCCAUCGUUGUAUUUGACCUCUAAAACCAUUUCUGUACUUGUACAGAGAGGCUACGACAUACUAGACAGCGUUCCUCUACUGAAACGUGCAGCUGAUGUGCUUUAUGGAAAUUCUACUGUGCUUAUUGAAAGAGGUAUAAAGAGGUUGGCUCACCGGGCCGGUAUCGAAAACACUUCGAUUGUUUGCACAGGGUUCACCUUCUUUUUCUUAUGCGGUUAUUUCCUCGCUGGUUUCAUCAUAGCUUCCAAGUAUGCCAUUGAUCUAAGCAUCAAAGCUGGGUGGAUGAACAGAAACAGAUUUUCAGACUUUAGAGGCAAUUGGCGUGUGAUUCUCAAGGGUACCCUAUUGCGCUACACGUACAUUGGCUUUACCCAGCUCACUUUGUUGAGCUUCUGGGAAUUUACCCAAAAUGAUUCUCCUGCAGUUAUUGUCAUUGCAGUGCUUCUGAUCAUACAGGCCUUGGGGCUCAUGCUAUGGGCCGCAUUCAGAACAAUUUCCUUUGCUAGACUCUCAGUUCAGCAAAGGAAAAAUCCCGCGGCUCUUCUUUAUGGUGAUCAGCGCAUUCUGGACAAAUAUGGGUUUUUCUACACCAUGUUCAGUGCCAAGCGUUACUGGUGGAAUUGCGUCAUACUGUCAUACAUUCUUUUGAAAACUAUUUUCAUUGCGUUCUGUCAGGGUUCGGGUAAAACUCAGGCGUUGGCAAUUUUCAUCUUUGACUUGGCAUACAUGAUUGUUCUCAUUGUUUACCAACCCUACUUCGAUCGUCCUACCAACAUCGUCAACAUUUUGAUUACCACCGUAACGACGGUCAAUUCAUUUUUGUUCCUAUUCUUCUCUGACUUAUUUGGCCAGCCUUAUAAUGUCUCGUCGAUUAUGGGGUGGGUAUUUUUCAUUAUGAAUGCAGCUUUCUCCCUCAUUCUUCUAGUGCUCAUCCUCAUUUUUGUCAUCCUAGUCGUUUGCUCUAAUAACCCAGAUUUGAGAUUCAAGCCGGCCAAAGACGAUAGAACUUCGUUCCAGAGAUCAUCUGGGAGCCACGGAAAAAUAAAUAAAUCUGUUGCGGCCGAAUUAAUGGCAUUGGGAAACACUGCCAAGAACCACGAUGAAAAUUGGGAAGAGGGGCUCUACGCCCAGCAAAAGCUGCAGAAAGACCGCAGUAUGUCGGGGUUGGACUACUCCGAUGAAAAGUUAGCAAGUCCCCAGUCAACAUCAGAGGAUAAUGAAGGUGUCCAGCCGUCAUUAGCUGAGAGGUUGAAGCGCAAACUAUCUUUCAAGCGUGCGAAAUCGACCUCGUCAAGAAACAGGCCUGAGAAAGAUAGCGAGGCGGUCAAAUCAGAAAACGCCAUAACGUCUCUAUCUCGCGAGCCCUCAGAUUCAUCAAAUGCCGCAGCGGCGGUCAAGAGAGACUACCCCGGUAUCCACAACAGACAGCAGUCGGAUUCGAACAAUGGUCUGAUGCACUCUUAUAAUGUCGCCGAAAAUGGACGAUUAGCAACUCAGGAAGAAGACGAUCAUCCUUUGGUGGGGGCAAAUGGGCACCAGGCACCAAAUAUUGAGAGGAGUAACGAAUUGGCAAGAGAUGAAAGCAUGGAUUCGGUCAAUGCUGCUACUCAGCCGCACGCCACUUCUUCGACCGAUCUUUUUACACACAAUAAUGGUUCUUACUAUGGAAGGUUAUAA